UCUUCUGUCGUGCUCGUAUAAGUAGAGGCUGCGCGAGGCCAUGGUCCUCCAAGCUCUGCAAGCUGCUUCUUUCUUUCUGCCUGCGUAGUUCGACGGCGGCGAGUUGCCUGCGACAGACAGAGAGAAGCUGCAACUCACCUGCGGUUGAGCGGCAUGGCGACGGCGGCCAAGGACGCGGCGUCUGCGGCGGCGGAGAAGGGGACGGCGGUGGCGGUGACGCAGAUGAAGCUGCUGGUGGACAGGCGGUCGCGCCGGGUGCUGUACGCGGAGGCGCGCAAGGACGCCGUCGACUUCCUCAUCGGCCUCCUCCGCGUGCCCGCCGGCCUCGCCGCGCGCGUCAUCGCCAAGCACGCCGCUGGCGCUGGAGAUGGCGCCGGUGACGUUCACGCCGACGAGGCGCACGCCGCGCCGGGCUCCCUGGGCACGCUCUACGCCGGGGCCAAGGCACUGGGCGACGAGUUCUUCGUCGCAGCCGCGCCCGACCGCGACGCGAUCCUCUGCCCCGCGAUCCCCUCCGCCGCGCUCGCGCUGCUGCUCGCGGGCGAGCCGGCCGCAGCGGCCGCACCGGCUCCCGCCCCGCCGAAGCGGUACUUCCGGUGCGCGGGCCCGUACGGGACGUCGUGCCGCGGGAACCCGACGUGCGUGACGGACGUGGCCGGCCUGCCGUGCCCGGUGUGCCGGCAGCCGAUGACGGUGGAGAUGCGGUGGAGCCCCGGCGACGCGCACGGCAAGCUGGCGCAGGCGGCGGCCCAGGAGGCCGCGGCGGCGGCGGCGUCUGCGGGAGCAGGAGGGUACGUGAAGGAGGUGGUGAGCUACCUGGUGAUGGACGACCUGACGGUGGAGCCCAUGUCCACCAUCUCCGCCAUCAUGCUGCUCAAGAAGUUCAAGGUCGCCGACUGCUCCGCCCUGGAGGAGCUCACCGUCGACCUCGGCCACAAGGAGGCCGUGCUGCUGCUCAAGGCCGCGCUCGAGUCCAAGACGGCGCUCACCGACGUCUUCUGCGGCGGCGUCUCCAUUGACAGGCUCCAGUGAGCGAACCAGCGAGGGGCCGAGCACCAUGAAUGGGAGACCGUGGAGCUACGAGAUGGAAGAGAUGACACAAUAUACACUGCUGUACAUACUGAAUUGUACUUACAUGAAACAUGUUUAAACGUAGUACACGUGUCUGUCUUAUGCUAAUAUUGUACUCUCGUGAUUGAGUAACAAAAAGCUUCAUCUCA